UGUGACGUAGCAAAUGGUUCUUUGAAGUUUGAAUAUGCUUCGCGUUUUGUUAUGCUGCGACCCUCCUUCAUACUACUGAAUCGACCUACGACGAUCCGACAGGACUUGCUGCCUCGACAACUGUCUACACUCAAAUCAAGGAGUCCUUCUAACCAUCGCUAUAAUACGACAUCCUCAUGGGCAAUACACUGGAAGAGAUCCAAGCUAGGGUCGCUGCGGCAAAGGCGAAGCUGGAGGCGGAUCUGGCAUUGCGGGCGAGGCAGCAACAGCAAGGACAACAAUCGCACGUUCAGACUACUACAGCAGCAGCUGCGACGACAGCGGCAAAACCAGCAGGAUUAUCGGCUGCUGAACUGAUCCGUCAGCGUAUCGAUGCUCUUAAACCCAAGCUUCAGAGCCUCAAUGCUGCAAAGGCGACUGCGCCCGUAUCAGCAGCGCCAGCACCAGCGCCGGUACAGGUGGAUCCUAGAGCCCGUGGAGGAUUGGGCGUCGAUCUCAGUUCGAUGAUCUCAAGGGAUGAAGCAGGAAACUUGAUAAUUAAUGCGGUGACUUCUGGAAAGACUGUCAAGGCACCAUCCUUCGCCACGGCCAAGAUUAACCAAAAGCCAGAAGCAAAGAAGGAACUGAAGAUGCUGGAUGUUCCUGAGGAGUUUACGAAUCCGGAGAAGAACCCAUACUAUGAUCCAAAUUUGGCAGCAGCACCGAAGGAGCGCCGGGCAAGGCCGCUCAAGUUUGCGCCGAAGGGCAAGUUCAAGGGCAUUGCGAAUCAGAUGCGGGCGGAACAAAGGAUUGAACAGCUCAGGAAGGAGAUCGAACAAGGUGGACAGGCCAACGUACAGGAGGAAGACAUGCAGAUGAAGGAUGGUUUCACCAAGCGCGAGACAUUGAAAGAUGGCGUGGAAUGGUGGGAUGCGGCCUUUUUGCCUAACAAAACCUAUGACGACCUAGCACAAGGGCACGCCAGCAUCGAGACCGAGGAUUCACUGAUCACACUUUAUAUUCAACACCCCGUACCGAUCGAACCUCCAAACGAGGCUGCUCAUGCUGCCAGUGCAAAACCCCGCCCACUCAUGCUGACGACCAAAGAACGCAAGAAGCUGAGGCGACAGAGGCGAAAGGAGUUGCUCAAAGAAAAGCAGGAUAAGGUCCGGUUAGGACUGUUACCUCCGGAUGCACCGAAGGUCAAGUUGGCGAACAUGAUGAGGGUCUUGGGACAGGAAGCGGUGCUGAACCCGACGGAGGUUGAGAUGAAAGUCCGGCAACAAGUCGCGGCUCGGUUGCAGGGACAUUUGGAUAUGAAUGCAGAGAGGAAACUGUCGGCGGAGGAACGGAAAGCCAAGGAGCAGAAGAAGAAGGAGGAGGAUGUCUCCAAGGGAAUCUAUGUCAACUUGUACAAGAUUAAUGACUUGUCACAUCCACAGAAAAAGUUCAAGGUCGACAAGAACGCCGGGCAACUCGGAUUGACGGGGAUCGUGCUCAUGUACCCAACGUUUACGAUGGUCGUUGUGGAAGGUGGACAUAAGGCCAUCAACCAGUACAAGAAAUUGAUGCUCCGGAGAAUUGACUGGACGGACAAUACACGACUGGACGGCACAGAGACGACGGAAUCAACGAUCGACAACAAGUGUCUCUUGGUCUGGGAGGGACAGCUGAGGGAGCGUCAGUUCAAGAAGUUUCAGUUUAUCAAGUCGAGGACGGAUGCGCAGCUCAAGGAGACGCUGGCACGAUUUGGAGUGCAGCAUUAUUGGGACCAGGCGCUUGGAUUCAAAGAGGACGAUAUGCUGGGCGCACAGGUCACUCUUUAAAAAAAUAAAAAGUUCAACCCGAUUUUGCGAAAAAAA